AGCAGUCAUAAUUAUAAACCGGUUUGGUUUAAUAGAUACAUACAUCCCGGUUGAAUUACUACCAAUAUGAUCAGCAGACACAUUUCUCUCUCUUAUCUCCUCUAAAGCAAGAAAACAUUUUCUCUUUCAUCAAUCCAACAAUCUUCACAGUUUAUUUCGACGGAAAAAUUGCACCCAACGGGACCGUCACCCUCUCCGGCCGCCGACGAUUAGUUGCCGAUAAAUUUCCGAUGGGCAUUGAAUCAGUGCUUUCUCACGAUUCGCCUUGUUAGGGUUUUGAAUAAUUGAAGAGCUGGUAUUUUGCAAUCGAAAAUUUGGGGAAAAAGGGGAACUUUCAGAGCUAGGAGUUUUUAUUGGAUUUGUUGGAGCUGUGGUUAUUGUUGUUGUUAAAGAAGGGAAGCUUGAGAGUUUCCUUGAUUUUAAUAGUAUUUUCGCGAGUCAAGAAAUUUUAUUUUUGAUUUGAUCGCAUUUUUGAGACGGGGAAGAAGAUACGUGUCGGUUGAAAGGAUAAUGUGUAUACUGUGUUCGAUCCAGAAGUGGUCGCGGGGAGUUGCAACCAUGUUACCCUGGUUAGUGAUUCCCUUGAUUGGGUUAUGGGCUUUAUCACAGUUAUUUCCACCAGCAUUUCGGUUUGAAAUCACAUCACCAAGGCUUGCAUGUGUGAUUGUACUUGUGGUUACUCUUGGAUGGUAUGAGGUUUUGAUGCCUAAGUUGUCGGCUUGGCGGUCAAGAAGAAACGCUACUCUUAGAGAAAGGAAGAGGUUUGAAGCUAUUGAAAUGCAGAAAUUAAGGAAAACAGCAACACGGAGGUGUAGAAAUUGUUUGACCCCAUAUAGGGAUCAGAAUCCUGGUGGUGGCAAGUUCAUGUGUUCAUAUUGUGGGCAUAUUUCUAAGAGACCCAUUUUAGACUUGCCUGUGCCGCCAGGGUUGGGGCUUUCGAAUUCAGGGAUUUUGAGAGAUUUGGUUGGGAAAGGUGGGAAGAUGUUAAAUGGAAAGGCUUGGUCAGAUAACAGGUGGAUGUGUGGGCAGGAUUGGUUAGAGAAUGGGAAUUGGGUUGGGGGGUCUUUUGUUAGCAAGUCAGAUUCUUGGAGCAAGACUGGCGGUGGAUUCCUUGGGGUGGAGCACUGUUUAGCUGAGAAGUCAUAUUCUCGUGUUUUUGCUUUUGCCUGCAGGGCACUGACUGCUUUUUUCUUAAGUAUCAUGUGGCUAUGUAGAAAGGUUUUUAGGAUAAGUUCCUCUAGAAGUGAUGCGUCAAUGGAUGCAGAACGGAGAGCAAUGAUGGAUAAAAGAGGUGAGAAUGGAGGAAAUUGUCAGGAGAGUAGAGGUGAGAAAGCCAGGAGAAAAGCUGAGGAAAAAAGGCUGGCUAGGUUGGAGAAAGAGCUAGCAGAGGAGGAGGAGCGAAAGCAAAGAGAGGAGGUUGCUAGACUGGUGGAAGAACGUAGGAGAUUGCGUGAUGAAAAGAUGGAGGCGGAGAAAGAGCGGGGGAAGGGGUCUCCCUCUGCUAAAGUACGGGAUAGUAAAAGGGAAGCCGAAAAGAAGAGGCAGGAGAAGAAGAAAGAAAAGGACAGGGGAUCUAGCAAAAGUAACUCAGAUGCAGAAGAGCUGGAUAGAAGACAAGGCAAGGAGAAUGUGCGAAAUAGACAGAGUGAUGGUGAUAGAAGGCACCAACACAAAAACGGGCCUGAAAGUAUUAAGACACAUAAUGCAGAAGUUAUACAUGGUUUUAAGGGUGGUUCUUCUAGCAGUCAUAACCAUGGAAAUGUCGGUACUAGGUACUUGGAUCGUAUGAGGGGUACUUUCUUAUCAUCUUCUAGAGCAUUUACUGGAGGUGGUUUUUUUGGCAAGAGUAAUGCUACUAAUAUUCCAAGAGAACAGAAAUCUAAUACUACUAUAGAUCCUGUUCAUAAUGCCUCUAGGAGGGAACUAUCUCAGUCAGAUCGCAUACCUGGAAAGCUGAAUCCUACUGGAGAUGACAGGGGUAUGAAUCGGCCUGUGCUUAUUGAACCUCAACCAUUUGCAGCUCCUAAAAAGUCUUGGCAACAACUAUUCACUCGAUCAUCUACUGUUUCUCCCCCCUCUUCAAAUGUAAUCAGCAGACCAAGUGUUAAGCCUCAAGCAGAAAUUCUGAGUCCUUCCUGCCAGACUCCAGCUGCACAAUCUUUUGACAACCCCAUUAGCUUUGGUCUCCCAUCGCCUUUCACUUUAGCUUCUUUUCCUUCUGGACCCACAAGUUGUAGUACAACUAUUCCGUCGUCCCCUCGAGCAAUACAUCCUCGAAUUGGAGAUGGGACAGGCCAGCUAUUGGCAGAAGAGUUGGAGAAUUUUGAAGAUCCUUGUUAUGUUCCAGACCCUGUGUCAUUGCUUGGACCAGUUUGUGAGUCCCUUGAUGACUUUCAACUGGAGGUGGACCUUGGCUUUGUGUCAGAUACAGGACUGGAUAGCCCAUGUAUGGUAAAAAAUGUGAAUGCAUCUUCCGAAGUGACCAGGCCUUCACCAAUUGAGUCUCCAAUAUCACGAAUGCGUGUUCCAGAGGAAAGGCAUGCUGGGUCUUUUCUUUUCCCCAACACUCCUAAUGCUCAGGACAUGCGCACUGUGCCAAUGAAUGUUUCAAAUAGUGAAAAUGAUGUAGGAACGUGGCAGAUGUGGAACAGCUCUCUGCUUGGUCAAGAUGGUCUAAGUUUGAUAGGUUCUUCAACCAACUGGCGUUUGAGUACAGAUCUUAAUACAUCAAACGUGCCUCCUAUACCUCCAAGGACAAUGGCUUCACUGUUCAAGAAUGAUGAACAACUCCACUCCAUCUGUCAUCCUCCCCACACAGUUUAUACGGGAAGUUGCCAGAGUGGUGGGACACAGAAUAUUGUUUUGCCUGUUAGUGCUGAAAGUAGGUUUCCAAAAGCUCCUUUUGGUACAUAUGCAGGGGGUGAAAGUCAAUUUUCUCUUAAGGCUGAAGAUGCUGCUCAAAGUGAAAUGACGUAUGGGAGUCCUAAUGCUACUGCUACUAAUCAUCCAUUUGCAUCGUCUCCGCCUAAUUGGGCCAAGAAGGAAUGGACUUCGCAGCGUCCGGAUGAAGCUUUUGGCAACUCACCAAUGGCUAGUGCCUCAGUUGGUGGUUUAUAUUCCACGCCAAAUGUACAGUCUUUUUGGUCUUUUGAAUAAAAAAAGAAUGAAAAAGAGAAAAAUUGCGAUAGAGUAUAAGGAACUUGAACACACCCUCCUGUUACUGAAGAGGAAAGUAGCCUCUUUUAGGGGAGGAGAGUUUAGAAUGCUGCACUGCAUCUUCCUUCUUUUCUUUAAAAAGGAAGAGUUACAUUAGCAUGAUAGGGAUACAUGUUUCCACGCAUGGCUUUUGAUCAGGUGACAAUUAAUUAUGAUACGGCUGAGUACUUCUCUUUUCGUCUUUUUGACAGAGAAGGACAAUCUCUGAUAUAUAGAUGACCAGAGCUGUUUCAACUACAUGUUACCUCAGUUUGGAUACCAACUUAGAUAGAUAUUAAAACAUAGACAACUUCAAUUUAUACUGCACUUCUCUGUAAGGUUCAGCAAAGUUUUUGAAGGACUAAGCAGUGAAGGAAGCCUUUCAUUUUCAUUUUUGGUUGAGGAUCAUGGAUUUCUGUUGAUGCAAUGUUCAAGUGAGAAACAGGAUAUAUGAGGGCUUGCUGCAGUUACGCAGGUUUUAACCUGUUUGUCCUUACAGUAAGCACAGGGAACUACUUAGUGUAUAUAGUUCUUACUCAGCUGUUUGACAUCUAACUUCUCCUCCUCUAUCUAUUCCGUUUUCCCUCUCUUUUCAUUCUGAUACUUCUUUCUCAUGUACUUUCGCGAUGACUUCUGACAAAAAGGCGUAUGCCUUUUGGGUGCUUCUUUUUCAUGUACUUUCGCAAUAACUUGUGAAAAAAGGCGUAUGUUGCAUAUUG